AUGCCGCCAGCUCGAAAGGCAUGUGACAGGUGCCGGGAGCAUAAGGCCAAGUGCGUAUGGGCCGACGACUCUCCAGCAUGCCUACGUUGUCAACGCACCAAGCAUGUCUGCUCGACGCCUCAUCUCGACCCCCAACGCUUGGGUCAACCCUCCACUGGUGACGCCGACUCCCUGACCCGUCCUGCGCAGGUCCGAGAACCUGAACGCCGCUACGAUUCAUCGGAAGCCUUGCCUGGGGAAGCUGAUGGCUCAAGGCAGCAACCAACGGACCUCCUCGAAGGACAAAACGAGCAUGAUGCUUCUCUUGACCUGCUAAGCAUUCCUUCACUGGAUGCGAGGCCCCCUUUUGUGGAGGGUAGUUGCGCCAGCACCAAAUGCUACCUCCCUUUGCCUGAAGAAGGCGAACGCCUCCUCCAAGAAUUUCUCCACGACUUCAACAGUAGGAUGCCGUUGUUCAACCCUGAAAGCCUGACUACUAUCUUCCGCGACUGCUACAGUGGCGUCAACGACAGUAUCCCCCUCCCUUGGGUCCUGGUGUAUGCCACCAUGGCGAUCACUCACCGCCUACGGGCUAUGAGUCUUUUCGCCACGCCAAUCGACACUCCGCAAAGCCAAUGGUACCUGGAGAAGUGUUUGGCAAAGCUGCCAGAGCUAUUGAUGGGUCCGCCGUCCCUGCAGCUUGUACAAGCUUCACUGAUCAUCUGCUUCUUGCUUCAAACCAGCAGGCAGCGGCAACGGGCAGCGCUGUUCGCAUCAACCGCCCUCCACAUGGCACAAGAACUAGGUUACAACGAACUACCUGCGAGCCAUCUUGCUGACACUACUCUUGGUCGAGAGCAGGCGUAUGUGUUCUGGAUCAGUUUCUUCAUGGACACGAACAUGAGCUUAGGCCAUCGACGGUCAACGAGCCAGCGACUGGCGGACAUCAGCACUCCAAUACCCCCGGCGAAUGUUGUAAACUGGUGGGACUUGAACAAUCAUGAGCAAAGACCUUCCGAAUGGAACCUCAACGUCUUCGCACAACACUGCAGUCUCGCUGUCAUUGAAGCCGAGGCAGCUGAGGAUCUGUUCUCUGUUGGUGCCCGGAAGCGCUCACCAGUGCAGCAUCCCUGUGAAUACAAGGACAUAAUGUCGAAGCUGGAGCGAUGGCGGGCAAAUAAUGCUCUUGCAAAACUUGAGGCGACUGACGUGCUCAAGGCAAUGUAUCGAUCAGACAUUGUUCACAGUGUCAUGCUUGAGGGUGCUUACUUCCGGACCGUCUGCCAGCUAAAGGUAGCGAAAGAACUCGUUGGGUUCAGGAGUAGAAUUGAUGUGUUCGCGCCAGAGGCUCUGCAGGCGAUGAUUGACCGGAGAAUUGUACCGUCCUACGGCGAUUCCAGGAGGUUUUUGAAGCUCGCUAUGCUGGUACCGCAAGGCGAUGUUUCGACGACGUGGUGGGUCGAUCUUCUUCUUAACAAGGUGCAAGACUGA